ACACACACACACGUGUAUUCGAGGUCGCUCACACAAUGAAUAGAAUUUGUCAAUUGCGGCGUAAUCAUCGGGAGUUACCUCCCUUCACCGUCCCUAACAACGUGCGAAGCGAAACCAAGAAAAUGACAUUGAAGUCCCGUAGAGGAGAUCGCAUCCACCGCCCGGUCGCUUUCAUCGCUCGUUCCAAGCUGCCAAAAAGCUCCGUGGUUUAUUAUCCAUGACGGUCCUAACUUCACAACCAGACUAAACAUAUGGAUGUGACUCCACAGACAUAUUUAUUCACCGCGCACCUUGUAUUAGUAUUGUUAUUAUUAUUGCGGCAAGAAGUUCUCUUCUGGUAACCGAGUCAUCACACUUCACAUUGUUUCCGGACGAAAUGGCAUUUCAGCUUCCACUGAGAUCUCUUGGCUUACAAUGUCUAAGAAAGUUUCCCAACCAAAGAUUCAGUUCUGAAACUGCUUCCAUAACAGAAUCAACGAAUGUAACCCCGGUAAAAUCCAGACGUAAAAAGAAGAAAAGGAAGUUCCUAGCCAGCCCUUCAUACUGCAAUUCAAAGGCACAGGUGAACAAAAGUACAAUCCACAAUCAAUUCCGACAAGUUGCCCUUUCUGUGACCCCUUUAUAUAUGAUGUCCUACGAUGCACAGUUAGAGUACAAGAACAGGGAAAUCCAGGAUGUCCUGCAGAAAAUGAUGAAUCGUUUUGUCUGUUACCAGCAGUAUCCUCUCUCAGACAAAAUGAUAGAAAACCUGAAGAACUUUCAUCUGAUGUGUCCACUGGAACCCUGUUUACCAUCUCCUGUUAUCAAUGGGUAUCGUUCCAAAGAUGAGGUCACAACCGGGAAAGGGGUCGAUAACAAUGUGGCAGUCGGACUCACUGUCGGAAAAGGUACCAGGUCUUACACAGUACCCAACACUUACUUAGCCAAUGUGGGAAGGAAACACAAGGAGAUCACAAGGGCGUUUGGAGAUUUCAUCAGCACGUCGUCCUUUGAUCCUUUCAUCUGGCCGGAAUUCGAGGGUCUGGGAAAACCGCACCAACCGACGGGACACUGGCGGAUCAUGUCAGUCCGCUCGUCAACACUUGGUCAGUCUAUGGCCUACAUUAUCUUCCAUCCACAGAGAAAGUCUGAGGAUAUUCAAAUGAAGGCCAAAGAAGAAUUAUUGAACUAUUUUCAAAAUGGUCCAGGAAGACUUUGUGGCUUGGACACCCUUUUUUUCCAACCAACACUCAGUUCCAGAGCCAAUGCCGGAAUUGUGCCAUUCCAGUUGCUCUAUGGUCAACCGUACAUUACUGAACGCCUGCUCAACUGUACAUUCCGAAUAUCCAUAGACUCUUUCUUUCAGAUCAACGUCAGUGCUGCUGAGGUGUUGUAUUCUGUCAUCAAAGAUUGCGCCAAGUUAAAACCAACUGAUGUAUUCCUUGACAUCUGCUGUGGAACUGGUUCAAUUGGUAUCUCGAUGGCAGCCAGUGCCAAAAGACUGUUUGGUGUAGAAAUUAUCCAGCAAGCCAUCGAUGACGCUAAACUAAAUGCAAAACUAAACAAUGUUAACAAUGUCGAGUUUAUCUGUUCCAGAGCCAGUGAAGCUUUGAAAAAGAUUUCUGUUGGUGCCUACUUUGAUAUAAAUGAAACUGCUGUUGCAGUGGUAAACCCUGGCCGAAAUGGAGUCAACCAGUCUGUGAUCCGUUCCAUCCGUCGUUGUCAACAGAUCCAUCGCUUGAUUUAUGUAACUUGUCGACCUGUCGGGAACACCAUCAAGAAUUUUAUGGAUUUGUGCUGUCCUCCCAAUGAAAAACUUCCUGGGGAGCCAUUCUCUCCCACUCGUGCUGUGCCUGUAGAUAUGUUUCCUCACACUGUCCAUUGUGAAUUAGUUGUGGUCUUUGAAAGGUGAAGGAAGCCCUACCAAGAUGAAGAUAUAUGAACGCCUGAUGUCAAGGUGAAAGUAUACAAGCAAUCUGGAGCUGUUUUUGAAGUCAGUUAAAAGUGGAUCAUUUUCUAAAGUUAAACUAAGCCAAACCUGUUAAAGAGAAAAUGAAACUGUGAUACUUGUCAAAGUAAAACUUUGUCAUUUGUCAAAGUGAGACCAUCAUUUGUCAUUUCAUUUGAAAACGAAACUGUCAAAACAAAAAGUAUGUCACUUGUCAAAGUGAAAGUUGAUCAUUCGUUCAAGUAAAACUGAAUCAAGUGUCAAAAUGAUCUCAGGUCACUCGUCAAAUUGAAACUAUAAUUUGUUGAAAUUUGUUGAUUCUGUGUUACUUGUCAAUAUGAAACUAAAACUAUGUCACUUGUCAAAGUGAGAUCCUGUCACUUGUCAAUGUGAAACUGAACUCCUUGGCCGUUGUAUGCUUCUCAACUGUUCUAUAUCAGUGAAUAUGUUGACAUGUCUCUCAUAAGCAUUUCCUAAUUCUGUUGUCAUUUGUUUGACAUUCACUGAAGAUUUCAAAUAAACUUUGCAUUAAUAUCACAAAUAAACGUUUC